UGGUAAAGGGAUUUCCGUCAACAACAAAUACAUUCGAUCAACUCAUCAAUGACGGGCGGAAACUGCUUAUUCUCGAUCUUUUAAAGUGUAAAACACAUCCAGAGAAAGCUGUUUUCGGUAUUCACAUCUGCACAAGUAGUUUGACACGGUCCUCUGAAUCCUGAAAGAUGUGUGUGUAGAGGAGUGAUUUAACCCUCUGUGUGCCGUGCUGAAGUGUCUGGGUGUGUGUUCGGGCUCAGGAUGGACUCUCGGGGGGAGCACAGGGGCUUCAGCCUCCAGCAGUCUGACCUGAUGUGUAAGAGAGGAUGCGGUUUCUACGGUAACGCUGUCUGGCAGGGCCUCUGCUCCAGAUGCUGGCGUCAGGAGACCCAGUGCAGCCGAACCAAGCAGAUCGAGGAUGACAGAGCGCUGGCCGAGAGGCUCCAGAGAGAGGAGGAAGCAGCGUACGCCAGCAGCCGUCAGGAGGAGAAUCCUCCACCACAAUCCUCCAGAACACACAGUGUGCCCAUAGUGAAGAGACUGUUCACGUCCGCUCCCAAAACACCCGUCAGGACAGAUGCAGGAGCUCCACAGACGCCGCUGAGCCGGAGCACAUCGCUCGGCCGACAGCCCAGUGCAGACCGUGAUCAUGUGACACAGCACUUCAUUGAGUUCCUGAAGCCCUUCCAGAGGCCCGGAUAUGACAUUUUUAAACAGUGCCAUGCCUUCGUUGAAAAUAUUGCACACAAAAAGGUGGCUGUACGUGGGGAGGAUUUCUCAGACUCUGUGCAGGAUUUCUAUCAAAACAUUUCAGAGAACUUACAGACAAACUUUAAAGGGUCUCCAGAUGUGAUGGAUGAGGUGGAGCGCUAUGUGAUGGGCCGUCUGUAUGAGCAGCUCUUCUGCCCUGACCACACAGAUGAUGAGAAGAAAGACCUGGUCAUCCAGAAGAGAAUCAGGGCUCUGCACUGGGUGUCCAUUGAGAUGCUGUGUGUUCCAGUAGACGAGCAGAUCCCUAAAGUAUCAGACAGUGUGGAGAGAGCCAUAACAGACCUGAUCGACUUGGACUCUAGAAAGGUUCCCAAGGAGAAGCUGGCGUGUGUCACCCGCUGUAGUAAACACAUCAUGACUGCCAUCCAGGGCAGUAAGAAAGCUGCCGCCUCUGCUGAUGACUUUCUGCCCACUCUCGUCUACAUCGUGCUGAGGGCCAAUCCUCCUCGAUUACACUCCAACAUCCAGUACAUCACGCGCUACAGCAACCCCAGCCGCCUCAUGAGCGGAGAGGACGGAUAUUACUUCACCAACCUGUGCUGCGCCGUGGCGUUCAUCGAGAAGCUUGAUGCACAGUCGCUGAACCUGAGUAAUGAAGACUUCCAGCUCUACAUGUCUGGUGCAUCGUCUCCGUCGGGUCCCAAAGCUGCUUCGUCUGGCCACAGCUCACAGAACGGCUUUAGAGAGGAGCGCAGCGCAGCAGAGCCACAGCUGGAGACGCCUCGUCUGGAUACAGACCUCAUCGAGUGGAGCGACGGGCAGGAGCUGUCAGUGCUGGGCUUGUUGGAAGAGCCACCUGCACACACUCACACCUCAAACACAUUCACUAUUGACUCAGACAACAUAGGCGGCGACAGCCUGCCUCCUCCAUUACAGCCGCAGAAGUUCGCUGGAUAG